ACCGUGUUUGCCCGUUUUUUCGCAUCGACCGCUAUCAUGGCGCACCGCGAUCAAGCGCCCUAUGCGCCCCAAGACCCGAAAGAAAUUGCCGAGUUGGUGCACACUCUGGAAGCACACACGGGCAAGAAGGGAAGCGGUGGCUUCUCCGUCAAACAACACACGUUCCCACUCCCGAAUGGCCGCACUGUCAACUCAUGGAAGAUGAACGAGUGGGACUACAAAAAGGCCAAUCUCCCCACCUAUGCGCGCGGCCUCUUCACAUACAAGAACCUGCAAGGCAACCACGAGAUUGCCGUUAGAGGAUACGACAAGUUUUUCAACCACGGAGAGAUUCGGAAAACAGAGUGGAAGAAUGUCGAGCGCGACACGCGGGGCCCGUACGAGCUCAGUGUCAAGGAGAACGGCUGCAUCAUCUUCAUAGCUGGCCUGGACGACGACACGCUGUUGGUAUGCAGCAAACACUCGACAGGCCCCAGGGAAGAAGGGCUCAGCCAUGCUUGCGCAGGCGAGCAGUGGGUUGAGCGCCAUGUUGCAUCGGUCGGCAAGACCAAGGCAGAUUUGGCGCGCACGCUGCGAUCCAUGAACGCGACGCUGGUAGCAGAGCUAUGCGAUGACGAAUUUGAGGAGCACGUGCUGGCAUAUACUCCCGAGCAGGCUGGUCUUUACGUACACGGCAUCAAUCUCAACCUGCCCGACUUCGCUACAUACCCUGGCCAUCUAGUCGACAGGUUUGCUGAUGAGUGGGGCAUGAAGAAGGUUACGUACGUAAUGGAAAAUGACAUUAGGCAAGUCAAGGCUUUCCUAGAUAAGGUCGCCGAGACAGGCAAUUACGAGGGACGCGACACAGAAGGCUUUGUCAUCCGUUGCAAGGCACGCGAGUCCGAAGGCGCACCCUACGUUGACUGGUUCUUCAAAUACAAAUUCGAAGAGCCCUAUCUCAUGUACCGUCAGUGGCGUGAGUGUACUCGAGCUCUGAUCGCCGGUAAGCCGCCGCGUUACAAGAAGCACGAGGCAAUCACCAAGGAGUACCUUGACUUUGCUCGCUGGAAAUUCAGUCAGAAUAAGUCUCUAGCAAAGGAUUACAAUGCGAACCACGGCAUUAUCAAGAUGCGCGACGAGUUUUUGGCCUCGCGUGGAACCACCGGUGCUGAGAUUAUCCGGCAAGAGCUGCAGAACGGAGCUGUCGAGAGUAAGAAUGCUACCAGGAAUAUUGUACUUGUUCCCGUUGCAACCAUUGGCUGCGGAAAGACAACCUUGGCUCUCGCUCUCGUAAAGUUGUUCGGAUGGGGCCACUUUCAGAACGACAACGUCAAGGCCAAAAAGGGUCGUGGCCAGGUCUUUGCCGACACCGUCUCUUCACUGCUAGUCACAAACCCUGUCGUCAUUGCAGAUCGUAACAAUCACCAGAGACGCGAGCGAGAUCAGCUCAUCAAUGAUAUCUCCAAAAACGUGCCAGAUGCGCGCUUCGUCGCCCUGCACUACGUUCAUGACCGGUCCAACUACGAUGGCAUCCGAGAAGCGACGCGGAGACGUGUACUUGACCGUGGCGACAACCAUCAGACCAUUCAGGCAGGCUCCAAGGGUCCAAAUGAGAUUAUCGAGAUCAUGGAAGGCUUCAUGCAUCGCUUUCAGCCAGUUGACCCUUCGGAUGCGCCGGACGAUCUGUUUGACCUGGUCAUCGACCUGGACCCUACCAAGGACUCUCGCCAAAAUCUGGAAACAAUCAUUGGAAAAAUGUUCGACACUUACCCAGCUCUAUUUGCGGGCAAGGAGAUGCCAACUGAUCCCGAUAUGGAUGCUGCUAUCAGUUGGGCCAUGAACGACUAUAAGCCAGACUUCAAGAUGGAUUUAUCAGGAGGCAACAACAAGAGAAACAAUCAGAACGCUCAAAAUCAAAUCUCUCAAAAAUCUCAGCCAGCCGCAAAACCGAAAAAGGCUCCACGCAUGGAGUACUUUUCUGUUCGCCUCAACACUCAACGCGUCAACUCGAUUCUCGACGCCCUGUUUAAAGACAAAGAUGCCAUGACUGCCCGUACGUACAACCAACUGAAGCAGAGCCGGCGCGUCCAGAACGAGUUCCACGUUACUCUGAUCCAUCGCGCGUCUGCACCGCAAAACCAAGAGUACUGGGACAAGCUCAUCAAGCUCCACGAAACUGUGCAGUCGACAACUUCUGAAGGCUCUUGGGAACCAGAGCUGGGCAAGUGCGAUGUACAAAUGGAGAGAUUAAUCUGGGACGACCGAAUCAUGUGCUUCGUGGUGCGACUGAAUGGCUCCGGUACCCUACAGAUUGAGAGUCAGGCUGGCACAACAACCGAGGAACUGCUCUUCACAACGGCAAAUCCCGUUGCACACGUCACUGUUGGCACUGCAGCCCCGAAUAUCAAGCCAAUGGAGAGCAAUACGCUGCUUCAGCGCUGGCUCAACGAAGGUUCAGGAGGUCAAACGGGCAUCGGUGAGCUGAGCGUAAAAGGCAACGUGGUACUCGAGGGAAGUGUACGAGGUGUGCUGGGAAGAUUGUAGGAAAAUCAUACACGUCAGGCCUUUCAGGUGAAUCAUGCAAAGAGAAAAACCCCGGGAAAGUAUUCAGAAGGCAAAAGGAAUCCCAAACGCCUAUGAAGAGGCCAGAUACGAGAUGAGCAAGAGCCGAUCACGUCUAGAAGCAGAGAAAUGUGCUAGGUCUUGCUGUCUCCCUGGCUUUCCAGGAAGACUGAAGGAAGGGGUCCAAAUACCUGUGGUGUGUGUGACGAGGAUUUAUGAAUAAGGAAGACAUCGUUUUGCGUAUCAUAUCCAUGCUGCCUCAGGCAGUGUCAUGCAAUUGCUUCUUCACCCAGUAGGAGGAGCGUUUAAGCAUUCUGUCAGGUUAGAAAUG